UGGAGGGGAAUUAAAGCAUACAGAUGGCUGCUCUCAUGUGAUGCCAGGUUUCACCCUGGUCAGCAACAUGGGAGAUGUUUGAAGACGUCACUCAACACCGUUUGGACUGAUGGGAAACUUGUUUUGACAGUGGGAUGCAGUGAGGACUAUUGUCACCAGUAUACCUAAACUGGGUUAGGAUGAUGCAAUAAGGAUGGACUGUCCUGGAACAGAUAAAAAGUGAGGGAUAGAGGGAGCAGGAAAAAACUGAAGCAAUUCAACAAAGCGAGCGUACUUAUCAGAGACAUACACAAGACAUCAUGUCCACCUCAGUCAAGCAGGAGAGAACCAUUUGUGUUCUCCUCCCCAACAAAGCCCAGCUGGACAUCACUGUUGGGCUAAAGACCACAGGGCAGGAUGUUUUUAAUCGUGUAGCGGAGUUUCUUGGAAUCAAAGAGCUGCACUUCUUUGGCCUCACAGUGGUGAAAGACAAUGAGCACAUAUUUUUAGACAUGGAGGAGAAACUGACUAAGUACUUUGCCAAGGAAUGGAAGCAAGAACCAAGAAAGGGCUUACAGAAGAGACCCUUGCCUCUAGUACUUUUUCUCAAAGUACAGUACUACGUAGAGAAUGGUAGACUUCUAUGUGAACGAAAGGCACGGCAUCUAUACUACGCAGACUUGCGGGAGCGAGUGCUUCGCUCUGAAUGUCGUCAGCAGGAGGAGGUGUACUUCCAGCUGGCAGGUUACGCCUUGCAGGCUGACCUCGGUGACCACCCGUUGCCUCGGGAGGGUAUGGAGGUCACCCCUUAUUUUGAGCCUAAGGAAUACUUUCCCCCCUGGAUUGUAGCUAAACGUGGCGUGAACUAUCUCCUGUGCCAUGGCCCCAAGGUACAUCAGGAGCUGUGGGGCAUGUCUACUCGUGACGCCAUCCUCCUCUUCAUCAGAGAGUCAUGUCAACUGGAGGACGUACCUGUCAGGUUUUACAGAUUGCAAAAGGACAAAAAGGAGGAGAAAGGAACAGCUUUGCUCGGUCUGACCCUGCGAGGAAUGCAAGUUUAUCAGGAGGUGAAUAACAUACGACAGCUGCUAUACGACUUCCCCUGGUCAAAUGUGGGACGUCUUACCUUCCUGGGUAAGAAAUUCGAGAUCCAGCCAGAUGGCUUGCCAUCAGCCAGGAAGCUGGUUUACUACACAGGGUCAUCGUUUCGCUCUCGCCACCUCCUCUUGCACCUGAGUAGCAGCCAUCAGCUCUACCUCAGCCUCCAGCCUGCCCUGAAACACCUACGCCAGCUGGAGGAGAGCAAAGAGAAGAAGUGUUACAGAGAAUCAUACAUCAGUGAUGACCUGGAUUUGGACCCCCAAGGCAGUGAAAGCAGCCCUGGCCUGUCCCGACACUCCACCAGCAGCUCGGGAAUUGAAGCAGAUGCCCGCCAACAUAGCAUGUAUGCCGAAAUGGUCUCUAUGGAGGAGGAAGGUCAGCUGCAAGCAGAGAAGUGUUUCAGCUCAGCAGCCAGCCAAGGCAGCUCCUGUACCUCUGGGUUUGACACAGGCAGCAAGGCUCGAAUAGAAGAUGAAGGGUGGCCAGAGGACGAGACCAAAACCAGUGUUGGAAGUCCAGAGGAGGUGCUUGUGGAUGAUCCUGAUGAGAUGUUCCAGUUGGCUGAUCUUCUUGAAGGAGUGUCAGUAGAUUGUGCAGAACUAUCCUCAGACACUCAUUCACCAGAAAACGAAGAGUGUCCCCCAAACAGUGAUAAAGAUGCCAGGAAAUUAUAUAACAGCGAUAUGUUAAAACAGAUUCUGAAAUCUCGAGCACAACUUUGCGUGGAUCGACACAGCCACAGUCUAGAUGAUGUCCGUCUGGUCCCACCUCCAGCACCCCUGGGAAUGACACUGCCACCUGAUUCCUCCCACAGCUACACCUUUGGGCUUCCAGAUGUCUCAACAAACACUAAGACCUCUGUUGAUCACAGUUAUUACCCCCUUUUGCACUGCCAAGCCAAACCUUCCUUCUAUGGCCGCAGGUCUACCAACUGUGUCUCACUGGACAUGUUGGGUGAUGAGCAGUUUCUGGAAUUCAUACUUUGAAUACAUCAAGUGCUGAUGAACACUCUUGUUCUCUUCCUCUGUGGUUUCUGUGAUGAGGAAUAUGUGCAUUUCAAAUUGCAGGGAGGCAUUUUAUUGAAAAUCACAAGUUCCUUCAUUCUCCCUAAAGUUGAGGAUUAGACAACAAAUCUAAUUCAGCAACUUUUCAGUUGGUAAACAGAGCAUAUUUAUUGAUGUUGUAUACUUAUUGUGUACAUAUUACUUGCACUAUUUUAUUACCUUUCAGCCUUCCUGAGCAAAAACAUAUCUAAUCAAGUUUAUUGUCUUUUGUAAAGUUCACGCUUUUAAAACAUUCUCUGAAAUGUCUUCAUAGCUUAAUGUCAAGGGCAUAAAAGUUGCACCACACAGCCAUGUGCUGUACUGGGCACUCGUACAAUGCGGCUUACUUUACUUACUCUUUAUGUAAGCAUGUACAUUUCCUUGUUUCAUUCAGGAGAAUCUCCAGAAGCCAUGGUGCUAAUGUUUGUGCUCCUGUAUUCCUUUUAUUGUCUUCUUUAAAGUCAUAUUUUAUUCUACACUUUUCUUUUGUAUUGUGUGCUCUGUCAUGCUUUACCCAUUAGUCUUCCACAGCAAUGUAGCUGCUGAUGUGGAAAAUUGAACCUCUUUACAACUGGCAAUGGUACGAGAUGCAUUACGACCCGCCGUCGUAAUUAUAACAGAAAAGUAUUAUUUGUGAAGCACUAUUUCUGUAAUCAGUAAGUGUACAAUGAGUCUGCAGUACUUUUGUAUUAUGUAACCCCCAAACAAAAAGCCUUUGUCGUUUUUCCUUCAGAAAUUAUUGUCACUGUUCUGUAGAUGAUAAUUCAUAUGCAAAAAAACUGCUGUCAUUAGCCAAUAUGAGGGCAGCAGGAAAGAAUGUCAGUCAUUAAACGGCAAAAACGUUUACCCAAUGCCAAUAAUGUAUAAACGCUGUAAAAAUCACAAUACUUAAUUUUUACCUAAAGCACUGUUUUUUAUGAUGGUGAAAAUAAAUUCUUAAUGUUACUAAAUGAAA